AUGCGGCGGCGACGGCCCCGAGGGCCCGAUCCCGGGCUGGCGGCCGGGCCGGGCCGAGCGUCCCGUAUCCCCGCGACGCCGCGCGGCCCGACCGCCGGAACCGAGCCACCGGUGCCCGCUCGGGCGAGGGAGGGGCCGGGACGGGCCCCGGCCCCGAAAGCGGGCGAGGGAGCCGGGGUGCUGCUCUCGCGACGGGACUCGCUGGCCCGUCUAGGUUCCGGGAGCGGCGGGGAGCUGCACAGCGCUCAGCUCCGACCCGCGAAGGAGAAGGAGCCGCUGGAGCAGCUGUACGAGGUGGGCCCGCUGCUGGGGAGCGGUGGCUUCGGCUCGGUUUAUUCCGGUAUCCGCCUCUCCGACAGCACACCGGUGGCCAUCAAGCACGUGGCACGGGAGCGCAUCUCCGAGUGGGGCGAGCUGCCCUGCGGCACCCGUGUGCCGAUGGAGAUCGUGCUGAUGACCACGGUGGGCUCCGGCUGCAGCAACGUCAUCCAGCUGCUGGAAUGGUUUGAGCUGCCAGACAGCUUCGUGCUGGUGCUGGAGCGUCCGGAGCUGUCGCAGGACCUCUUCGAUUUCAUCACGGAGAGGGGUUCCUUGUCGGAGGAGCUGGCGCGAGGCCUUUUCCGGCAGGUGCUGGAGGCUGUGCGGCACUGCCACAGCUGCGGGGUCCUGCACCGCGACAUCAAGGAUGAGAACAUCAUCCUUGACCUCGCCACCGGUGAGCUCAAGCUCAUCGACUUUGGCUGCGGCACCUUCCUCAGGGACACGGUGUACACCCAGUUUGACGGAACGCGGGUGUACAGUCCGCCGGAGUGGGUCCGCUACCGCUGCUACCACGGCCGUUCGGCGACGAUCUGGUCCCUGGGCGUCCUGCUCUAUGACAUGGUCUGCGGGGACGUCCCCUUCAAGCAGGACGAGGACAUCAUCCGGGGCCAGCUCUUCUUCCGGCGGCGGGUCUCUCUGGAGUGCCAACACCUCAUCAGGUGGUGCCUGACCAUGCGCCCUGCAGACAGGCCUUCGCUGGAAGACCUUUUCAACCACCCGUGGCUGCAGGGCAUCCACCUGCCCCAGGAGAGUGCGGAGAUCCAGCUGCACAGUUUGAUCCAGGAGCCUGGCAAGUAAAAGGUCCAUGCGUCUCCUGGCUGUAAGAAGCAAAGACCACCAGGCUUCUUCCUCGUGACCGGAGCGCUGAGCGGGGAUCAUCAGAUGGGAACACCUUCAUCUUCUCCUGGAGCUGGCCUGGAGCCCCCAUCUUCCAGGCGCUGGUGGCCACCACCUAACCCGCCUGUCCUGGACUCCCAUCUGAACGACCCUGUCUCAUCUGCUGCUUUGCCAGUAGAUUUGUUUGGUUGGUUCUGUUUUGGGGGCUCCCAACCAUCUUCCUGACCUGCUGAUUUCGGGACCGCGAAAAUUAACUCGCUGGCCCAUCUACG